AUGAUUGUCCCAGCGACUUGGAGAGACAGCAACCGGACCAUCCAGAUCCUAGCAAAGGCCGAAGCGGGAAGAUACGGCGUGAUCGCAGCCAUCGCAUACAACCUCGAGCAAAUCCACGGCCUCGUGAGCGCAGCAGAACAGGCCCGCUCGCCUCUCAUCAUCCAAUUCUUCCCCUGGGCGGCCACCUUUGCCGAUGGCCUGCUCAUCCGCGCCGCCAAAGACGCCGUGUCGCGCGCCGCCGUGCCGAUAUCGAUCCACCUGGACCACGCGCAGGACGAGGCCAUCAUCCAGCACGCGGCCGACCACCUGCCCUUCGACAGCAUCAUGGUGGACAUGUCCCAUUAUGACAAGGCGGAGAACCUGUCCAAGACGGCGAAGUGGGUCAAGUACUGCCACGAGCGCGGCAUCGCCACCGAGGCAGAGCCCGGCCGGAUAGAGGGCGCGGAAGACGGCGUCAUGGACACGGCGGGUUUGGAGGCCAGCAAGACGACGCCCGAGGAGGUUGACGAGUUCAUCGCGACCGGCGUGGACUCCCUCGCGCCGGCGUUCGGCAACGUGCACGGCGAGUACGGCAAGCAGGGGCCGCAGCUGGACUUUGAACGGUUCGGGAGGAUACGCACCCAGAUCGCCGGUAGGGCGAGGGUGGCUCUGCAUGGCACCAACGGGUUCUCGCCCGAGCUGAUGAGACAGUGCGUUGCCGCGGGCGCCACCAAGAUCAACGUCAACAAGCUGGUGCUCGAUGACUAUUACACGCACCUCAAGUCUCAGGUUGCGCAGCUCCCACACACCACGCUGAUCGAGGAGGGCACGAGCAAGGUCACCCGGCAGACCAAGGAGUGGAUGGAGAUAUGCGGCUCAGCCGGCCAAGCUUGA